AUGGCAGAACUACCCCAAAGUUUUAAACUCAACACUGGGGCCGAAAUCCCUGCACUUGGGUUAGGCACAUGGCAGUCCAAACCAGGAGAAGUCCGAGCUGCCGUCAAGCAUGCACUUCAAUCCGGCUAUAGACAUAUAGACGCUGCGUACUGUUACGGAAAUGAAGAAGAAGUCGGCAUAGGCCUUCUAGAUACGUUUAAGAGCGGUGCUGUUAAGCGUGAGGAUGUUUUCGUUACGACCAAGUUGUGGUGUACCUACCACACACGCGUGGAAGAAAACUUCGAAAAAAGCCUGAAGGCUCUGGGUCUGGAGUAUAUAGACCUUUACCUGAUGCACUGGCCUGUUGCGAUGAACCCAGAAGGAAAUCAUGAAAAUUUUCCGACGCUGGGUGACGGAUCCCGUGACUUGAUGCCAGGUCGGUCUCACGUUGAAACUUACAAAGACAUGGAAAAGUUACUGGGCAACGGCAAGGUCAAAGCCAUAGGAGUUGCCAACUACAGCCUCAGAUAUCUGAAGGAGCUGCUAUCCCAAUCUUCGAUCACACCAGCAGUGAAUCAGAUCGAGAACCAUGUUUUGCUGCCUCAGCAGGAAAUCGUAGAUUUUUGCAGAGAGCACUCGAUCCAUGUUACUGCAUAUAGCCCGCUCGGCAGCAAUGGAAGCCCGCUCAUGCAACUUCCCGUGAUCGAAAAUUUAGCGACUUAUAGAAAUGUGUCACCUGCUGUGAUCUUACUUAGCUGGCACGUGUCCUGUGGGCGGUCUGUGCUGGCAAAAUCGAUCACUCCAAGCCGAAUCGAACAAAACAAAUGUUUGGUGAAUCUUGGGCGGAAGGAAUUGGAAGCGAUAAACAUCUUCAUUCAAAGCUUGGCAAAGAAUCAGGGAUUUACUCGUUAUGUAUAUCCAGCGUUUGGUGUCGACUUUGGCUUCCCAGACAAGCAGUGA